UCUUAAUAAAGGAUUCCUGUUGGAAGAAUUAUUCCAAGAGUUCUGUCUUCUUAAGAUGCAAAGUGGGGUGGGUCCUUACACUAUGAGAAAGUUUUGCUCAGGGUUCAAAAUAUACCGUAACUGUCUUUUUUGUUUUGUAUAUCCUUUGUUCAAAUAAUUUAGGGCCAAACAUUCAAGUAUUAAUUAUUUUUUUCUUUGUAGAAACUGGAGUUCUCACCAGUGAGAACAGUGCCAAAGGCACUUAACUAUAUUCAGGCUUCUUUUCCUCUUUAUUUUUUUAUAAAUACUAGAAUUUUCCUUGGGGAAAAAAAUCUAACUUUGUACUAUAUAAGCUCAACCACUGUUCAUGAUAUCAAAAUAAGGUUAUUUUGGCUUACAGAAAGUCCUAUCAAUUGUGAUUACAGUUACUCUCCUAUCUUAAAUUAGUAUUUUGAAAAAUCAAGUUUGGCUACUUGGUGAGCCUGAUCAGUUCCUCCCAAAAGUAGGAAGGCUCCAAAAAGUUUGAAACUCUACUCCUUCACAUAUAUUAUUUUAACUUAUGGGCAGGGAGGAACCACACAGUGUUUCAUUUGAGAUGGAAAAGCACAUGCUGGAAUUCAUAACAGACCAAAUUGGAUAGUUUGACCAUGCCCCUUGGCCUGUAUGUUGUUUAUGCAUUUUGCAAGAGAGCCUUAGUAUGUAGCUUCAAGAAUCCUCAAAAGAACUUGGGUCAUAAAGUCAGCUGCCAGUCUCUGAUAGAAGAAAGUGGAACAUUAACCAAUGGUGUAGUCCAAGGAUCAAGCAAAGUGUUCUUUGAGUUUUGAAUGGACUUUCUUUCUUUCUGUGUAUCUGCAACACUUGAAGCAGCUUUCAGGGACUGGAAAAGAGAGAGUACAGCACUGAUUUAUGAGUGCAACUCCAGCCUGUGAAGCUCCAAUUUAUGAAGUAAGGAAGAAACACCGGACAGGAUGAAAGUUCAAGUGAAGUCCCAGAAAUCCUGGAUUGAAGAUGCCUUCAGUAAAAGAGAAUGUGCAAAAAUUGUACCCAGUUCAAAAGAUUCUCACAGAUGUUUUCAACAUUCAACAUUCAUUGGGCCACUGUGCAGAGGUUCUGCAGGAUGUCAAGUAUGCCAGAAUCUAAUUCGAUGUUGUUGUGGUCGGCUAAUUGGUGAUCACCAUGGAAUAGAUUAUGGUUAUCCUGUAUUUCAAUCCGACAAAGAAAAAUAUAAUGUGGAAUGGUCUGUUGAAAAAGAUACAAAGAUUAGUCCAACUGAUGCAUUUGGUACAAUCAAUUUUCAAGACAGUGAUCACACGUACCAUGCCAAGUAUAUCAGAACUUCUUAUGACACAAAGCUAGAUCAGCUGUUGCAGCUCAUGAUUAAAGAAUGGCAGAUGGAAUUUCCCAGACUGGUCAUUUCGAUUCAUGGUGGCGUCCAAAACUUCAAACUUCCAUCUAAACUGGUGCAGCUUUUCAGCAAAGGAUUGGUCAAAGCUGCUGAAACUACAGGAGCUUGGAUAUUAACAGAAGGCAUUAACACCGGAAUAUCUAAGCAUGUGGGAAAUGCAUUGAAAUUCCAUGCCUCUCAAUGUUUAAGAAAGAUCUGUGCUAUUGGAAUUUCCCCUUGGGGCAUCAUUGAAAAUCAGAAAGAACUUAUUGGCAAAGAUGUAGUCUGCCUGUAUCAGACACUUGGCAAUCCUCUUAGCAAGCUGAGCACCCUCAAUGGCAUGCAUUCCCAUUUCAUACUGGUUGAUGAUGGCACAGUGGGAAAGUACGGCAGUCAGAUAAAACUCAGGAGAAAUCUGGAAAAGUAUCUAUCACUUCAAAAAAUACAUACCAGAAUGGGGCAAGGAGUGCCCUUAAUUGGGCUAGUGGUAGAAGGCGGUCCCAGUGAAAUCCUGACAGUCUGGGAAUAUGUCAAGGACACCCCUGCUGUUCCCGUAGUAAUAUGUGAAGGCACCGGAAGAGCUGCAGACCUGCUUGCCUUUACGUAUAAACACACCGCAGAUGACACAAACUGGAACUCUCAACUUAAGGAAAAGAUAUUAUUAAUGAUUCAGAACAGCUUCAGUUUUGGGCAAAAGCAGUCCCAUCAUUUGUUGAAAAUUUUAAUGGAAUGUAUGGAACAUAGGGAUUCUAUAACAAUAUUUGAUGCUGAGUCAGAGGAACAUCAAGACAUGGAUCUGGCAAUCCUGACUGCGCUCUUGAAAGGUACACAUAUGUCUGCUCCAGAUCAGCUCAAUCUGGCUUUGGCUUGGAACAGAUUGGAUAUUGCUAAGAAACAUAUAUUGGUUUAUGGACAACACUGGAAGGUUGGCUCCCUUGAACAAGCAAUGCAGGAUGCCCUGGUUAUGGAUCGUGUGGAAUUUGUGAAAUUGCUAAUAGAACAUGGCGUGAAUCUACACCGCUUCCUUACAAUAUCCCGACUGGAAGAACUAUACAACACUAAACAGGGGCCAACAAAUCUACUUUUGCAUCAUCUUCUUUGUGAUGUGAAACAGAGUACUCUUCCAGUGGACUAUAAAAUAUCGUUGAUUGAUAUUGGAUUGGUUAUAGAAUACUUGAUUGGUGGAGCUUAUCAGAGCAGCUACACAAGAAAACAUUUCAGAAUUUUAUACAAUAAUAUGUACAGGGAACAUAAGAAUCAGGAAGUUGUCUCCAGGCUGGCACAGAACCUCUCGCUUCAUCAGCUUAAUCCGAAUGGGAGUCGAAGUGGAACUGCUGAAAAUACUUUGCAUUCCCAGUUUAUCAGAACAGCUCAGCCGUACAAAUACAAAGAAAAACCAACAAAUCUCCAUAAAUCUAAGAAGAAGAUGAAAGAUGAAUUCACAGUGUCUGAUGACCAAAAGUCAGUGGGCUUUAUUUAUCCUUACAAUGAUCUCUUGGUUUGGGCGGUUUUGAUGAAAAGGCAGAAGAUGGCUAGGUUCUUCUGGCAGCAUGGAAAGGAAGCAAUGGUCAAGGCUGUGGUCGCUUGCAAACUCUACAGAGCCAUGGCACGUGAAGCCAAACAAUGCAACAUGGAGGAUGACACAGCAGAGGAAAUGAAGAAGUAUUCAAAUGAGUUUGGGCAGCUUGCUCUAGAUGUAUUAGAUAAUGCAUUCAAACAAAAUGAGCAGAUGGCCAUGAAGCUGUUGACAUAUGAGCUGAAGAACUGGAGUAACUCAACAUGUCUGAAACUGGCUGUGUCAGUGGGUUUGCGACCUUUUGUGUCUCACACAUGCACCCAGAUGCUGUUGACUGACAUGUGGAUGGGGCGUCUGAAAAUGAGAAAGAAUUCCUGGUUUAAGGUGAUUCUAAGUAUUCUUCUACCUCCGACCAUCUUGAUGCUGGACUUUAAAAGCAAGGCUGAAAUGUCCCAUGUGCCUCAGUCACAAGAAUCCCACCAAUUCACGUGGUAUCAUGGUGAUCCUAACACCACCAAUGAAAAAGAUAACCUAUCAUUGAACAAUUAUGAUUUUGAGAAAGAGGUUGAGAAGCAAGCUGAAAAACAGACUUUCCCCAACAACAAUGAACCACAAAGCCUUCUUGGGACUAGGAAAAUCUUUGAAUUCUACAACGCUCCUAUUGUCAAGUUCUGGUUCCACACGAUGGCCUAUUUAGUCUUUCUCAUGCUGUUUACUUACACAAUCCUGGUGAAGAUGAAACCAACUCCCAGCGCUCAGGAAUGGCUUGUGAUCAUCUACAUUUUUACUACCUUCAUUGAGAAAGUCAGAGAGAUUUUUAUUUCAGAGCCAAGCAAGUUCAUCCAAAAGGUGAAAGUAUGGAUUUAUGAAUACUGGAAUUUUACAGACUUUAUUGCUAUCAUCCUGUUCAUGACUGGUUUUGGUUUGCGCUGGGCUAAUCCUCCACUUCAGACAAUAGGAAGGUUAAUUUAUUGUCUGGACAUAAUAUUCUGGUAUGCUCGACUUCUUGAUUUUUUUGCGGUGAAUCAGCAUGCUGGCCCCUAUCUAACAAUGAUCGGCAAAAUGACAGCAAACAUGUUCUAUAUUGUAAUUAUGAUGGCCAUAGUACUCUUAAGUUUUGGCGUUGCACGAAAAGCAAUCCUGUCUCCGAAUGAGCAGCCAUCAUGGACUCUUGCACGAGAUAUUGUAUUUCAGCCAUAUUGGAUGAUAUUUGGUGAGGUAUAUGCGGGAGAAAUUGAUGCUUGUGAAUUAGAUCAAAACUGUCCUCCAGGCUCGUUCCUCACGCCAUUUCUUCAAGCAGUGUACCUCUUUGUACAAUACAUCAUCAUGGUCAAUCUACUUAUUGCUUUCUUCAAUAAUGUUUAUUUUGAUAUGAAGUCUAUGUCAAACAAACUCUGGAAAUACAACCGUUACCGCUAUAUCAUGACAUACCAUGAAAAGCCAUGGCUACCACCCCCUUUCAUCAUAUUGAGCCACAUUGGUAUUGUGCUAAAUUGCCUUUGCAACCGCCGGCUGCCAAGUGAACUGGAUCAAGAGGAGGAAGAGCAUGUUGAACUCAAACUGUACCUGAGUGAUGAAGAAUUAAAAAAGCUUCAUGAUUUUGAAGAACAGUGUGUCGAACAGUACUUACAUGAAAAGAAAGAAAGCUUUCACUUCAGCAAUAGUGAACAGAUCCGUGUUACAAAUGAAAGAGUUCAAGAAAUGUUUUCACAGCUGAAGGAAAUUCAUGAGAAAGUAAUUUAUAUCAAAGAUGCUUUGCUUGCCUUGGACAGCCAACUGGGACACUUACAGGACCUCUCAGUUUUAACGGUGGAUACUCUCAAAAUCAUUUCAGCUGUGGAUACUUUGCAAGAAGGCGAAGCUUUUCUCUCUGAACAGAAGCACCAGACCUGUAGGAAGCUUCCACAUAGUUGGAGCAACACUCUAUGUUCAAAGGCUUUGAGUUGUAUGGAAAGUGGCAGUAUCAAGUACAAGUACUACAGUAUGCCAACUUCUCUUCAGAGAAACCUAGCCAGAAGCCAUUGGUCACUAGGAGGGAACUGUCCCAUUUUGGGUGCCCUAAACUAUAGUGAAAUCCAAUUAAUCAAGAAAGAUCAAGAACAGGAAGUUGAAAACGGCAUUCUGACUUCGGAGUUAUCUUCGGGGAAUAAAUCAGGCUCUAGAUAUGGACAGUUUCUUCUUGUGCCUCCGGAUCAAAAAGUAGCUUCUGAAGAUGCUGGUUUAAGUUUGGCCUUUUCAACUACUCUGAAUGAGCUUAAGGAUAAGGACUUAAAAGCUAAAGACGAAACGAAGCAGAGUGAAACUGUCCCUCAAUGUCAUGUAUGCAGUGACAACGAGGCGGCCAAAACAAUGCCAGUUAUCAGCCAAGUGCAGGAACUGAAUAUUUCCCUGGCUAAGAAAGAGAAUGAAACUACUGCUGAACAUCAUUUGUCCAUCCAUGCAGUUAAUAGCAUCAGUGAGAUCGCUCAGUCUACUCAUUAUCACUGUGAGGGACCAGGAAAAGGUUAUGUAAAUUGGGGCUUCUUGGAAGACAAUGAAAAGAGAGAUGAGGGCGAUCAGUCAAGACAGCAAUCCUGUCUGCAUUCACUCCAUGACAAAGACAGCAGUUGCAGUCCUCCACACGUGCAGAUCAAGGAAUCCAAAUCCUUCUCGUACAGUUCUGACAUAUCAGAAUACAGUAGUGACAGCCCACCGUCUCACCUCACUUUCCAGCGUAGCAUGUCUGUCUGGAUCAAUCCUCUCAAGAGAAAUUGGCCUUUCUGCAAAGGGAGCAGCUUUUGUGCCCGUGGUGCUGAGAAAACAGCAAAAACCUGCAAAAUAAAAGAAUUUUCAAAAUCUACUCAGCUAUGUCAGUCAGUAUGGGCCAAGGCAAAAUUUAGAAACAAAGAAAGGAGGUCUUCAAGGAAAAAGAGAAAAACUCUUCAAGUUCCAUUGAUUACAGUAGAUAGUUGCCCUCAGAGCAUCCAAGUGAAUUUGGAACCGCUUGACAGUAAACCUGCCGAAGACAAACUGGAACACAGGGCCAAAUGGCUAACUGUGUCUCACUUCAAGCAACUAAGUUUAGAUCAUAUCAGUUGUAUGCAUCAGGAAAUGAAAAAUCAAGAACUAGUGAGGCAGACAGUGCAAAUCUGUGACUACUUGAGACAAUCGCAAGAGGAUUUAAAUAACAGCAUUGCUUGGACUAGGAAGAACAGAAAAAACAAUCUGAGCAGAAGCUACUCGUUGAGAAGUUUGAAUGGAGAUGGCAAUAUCUCACACUCCUUAAAAUCCCCUCAAGAUUUGCACCAUCAUUACUCAGCUGUUGAAAGAAACAAUUUAAUGAGGCUGGCUCAAACAAUCCCUUUCACACCAGUGCAGUUUUUUGCUGGAGAAGAAGUAACGAUUUAUAGACUGGAAGAAAGUUCACCUUUGAACCUUGAUAAAAGCAUGUCCUCUUGGUCACAGCACGGAAUGGCUGCCAUGAUUCAAGUUUUAUCUCAGGAGGAAAUGGAUGGAGGUCUGAGGAGAGCUAUGAAAACUGUCUGUACCUGGUCUGAAAAUAAUGUGCUCAAGUUAGGUGAAGUUUUCAUUGUAAAAUCUUUCCUUCCUGAAGUUGUUCGGACUUGGCAGAAGAUCUUCCAUGAAAGCACUGUCCUCCAUCUGUGUCUCAGAGAAAUACAACAGCAAAGGGCAGCUCAGAAAUUGUUAUAUACCUUCAAUCAAAUGAAGCCUCAUAGCAUUCCAUAUACUCCAAGAUUCCUUGAAGUGUUUUUAAUUUAUUGCCAUUCAGCCAAUCAAUGGCUGACAAUAGAAAAAUAUAUGACAGGAGAAUUCCGCAAGUACAAUAACAACAAUGGAGAUGAAAUCACCCCUAGCAAUUUGCUGGAAGAAGUUAUGCUGGCUUUUUCUCACUGGAGUUAUGAAUAUACCCGAGGAGAACUUCUUGUGUUAGAUUUGCAAGGUGUUGGAGAAAACCUCACAGAUCCAUCUGUUAUUAAACCUGAAGACAAACAAGGGAUGGCCUUUGGACCAGCAAAUCUUGGAGAAGAAGCCUUCAAAAACUUCAUUUCAAAGCAUUGCUGCAAUUCUUGUUGCAGGAAACUCAAACUUCCUGAUUUGAAAAGAAAUGAUUAUGCAUCUGGGAGGGUCAAUCCAGCUUUUGAAAUUGAAAAUGAAGUACCAAUGAAAGCAGGAGAUGAGACUGCAAAUAAUAGGAACAAUGAACCAUCAGAAUUCUAUACUCGGCUGUGAAGGAGGAGCUGCUAAUUUUAUCAUUAGAACUUUUUUUUUUCCUGAAGGGCCAAAUCCUAGGAGCUCCACUACCUCCAUUGUCUGUACUUUUUUAGAAUAAAGAAAUAGAAGCUAUUAAUGUGAAAGUGUGUGCAAAUGAAUUCCUUCUAAAACAAGGACUCUCCUUUGUUUUUAAUGGUUAUAUUCGCCGAGGUCACUGGAGUAAUUGAGACAGUGCCAGUGCUUCAAUUUAUUAAUGUUUAAAAGUGUCACUUAAAAUAAGAAAAGUUCCAAAGUAUGAGAAAUUGGAAGAGUUCCUAGAAACAAUUUUCAAAGAAAUCUCCCAAAUGGCAACCAGAAAUAUUCAAUCCUGGUCAAAUGUGGUCAACAUGUUGACAAAAUGGCCAGAUAAAAGUUGUGGCUCAAAUUUUUCCAAGAAAAGGAGUUCCAAAGUGCAGGAAUUGUGGUAGAAAAAGUCUCCUGCGUAUAUAUUUUAUGAAUAUGUUAUUCAUCUUUUUACUUUAAUGGAGGAUGCUGUAAUUAUGGCUAGCAAUUUUAAUAAGGUUUUGGGUGUUUUGAUUGACCAUGGCUUUACUUCAAGUAAGUUCUGAUCACACACACAGAAAGUAUUUCUUAAAUUUUCAUUUGGUGGAUGUCUGUGAACAUUUGAACCCAUUGCAAUGAGAAUGUACUUUUUUCCCCAGCUCCCUAUCAGACCCAUUUCUUACAUUUUUUUUGUAUCUAGAUUGUCAUUCUUAUGUAUGUGUGUGUGUUUGUGUGUAAAUAAAACCAGUUUUUGUAAAAA